GAGCUCGCCGAGCUGGACGAUCGCCGCAAGGCGAUGGAGGCGGAGAUGGAAGGCAUCAGCGAGGCGCUGCGCGCCAGCAACAUGGGCGGCGUCGCCGGCGCUCUCGUCGACCGCGACGGCUUUCCACGUGCAGAUGUCGACGUGCACGCGACGCGGACGCUGAGGCACCGGCUCGCCUGCCUCAACACGGACCACAAGGCGCUCAUGCAGCAGCUCGAGGCCAAGCUCCACGCGAUGCACGCCGCGCUCGCGGCCGGCGCGCCGCCGCCGCCGCCGCCCGCGGCUCGCCCGCCGCCGCGCACCGCCAGUGUCCACGCGCCACCGCCCUUUGCGCGCGUCGGCUCUGUGGCCCCUGGCGGGCCGGCGGCCGCUGCGGGCCUACAGCCAGAGGACCGGCUACUGCGGUUCGGGCACGUGGACGCGUCGAACCACGACGGGCUGCGCGCGCUGGCGCUGCUGACCCGCCGCAGCGAGGGCGGCACCAUCCCUCUCCUCGUCCUUCGCGGGGCGUCGCCGCUCGAGCUCACCCUUUCGCCGCGCCACUGGGAGGGGCAGGGGCUGCUCGGCUGCCUGCUG